CAGUUGGCUGCGGGUCCUUGCGCAGGAGGCAGCAGAUUGGCAGACACAUAAAAUGAGUGCUUAAAAGCGCGCAGUGUUUAGAAUAUAAUCAUAAUAAAACUCGAUCUGUGCAUUCUCUGUACAAUAUUUCAAUCAAUGUAUCGCUGCAUUUGACAAUGUUUUGAGGUUUGGUGUGAAAGGGUCGCGUGUUUCAUUCAAGGCUGGCAAAAGGAUACGUUUUUUGCCAUUUGUUUUAUGUGCUGUGUGUAUCGUGCCAGGUCAGUUGAGUGUUCAAGGACUUUUUCGUGCAACAACAAUAACAAUAACAACAAGCAAUGUGCUUCAAAUGUGCAAAUAUAGCAAAGAAUUCAAAAGAAAAUGCUUAGCUGUUAAGGAAAGACCAAAAAAUAAAAAAUAAACAAAUAAACGCAGUCGUCAAGUGUUCGUCGGGACAUGCAUUUCUGGAUUGACAAACGCUCGCAGCAAUGCGGUUUUGGGCGCUCACGUGUCGCCGCCUCCUUGUCGCAUGCGGGCGGCGGACUCAGCUACGGGCAUCCGCCGCGGCGCAGCAAGUCCAGCAGCAACAGCAACAGCACCCACAACAUGGCUGCUGGUAGCAGCGGCAGCAGUGGCAGCCACAAUCAAGCGCUGGCCUCGGUGCAUCGGACGCUAGCGCCUUAUGGAGGCGACUGCCAGACGGGCGCAGGCACCAGUCGCCAGGCGUCGCAUUACUCUAGCAGCAAUAAUAAUGCACAUGCCAGCAGCCAGCAGCAUCAACAGCAUCAACAGCAUCACCAGCCGCUGUUGCAUCACAGCAGCAACAACAACAACAGCAGCAUUGCUGCCAUGACAACAACAAAUGCCAGCAACAACAACAAUGCCAAUGCCAAUGCCAAUGCCAAUGUAACCGCCUCGUCGGCAGCGGUGCUAACAGGCAGCGGAACAAUUGUUCCGCUGGUCGCACAUAGCUCACAUUAUCAUCAGCACAGCACGCGCUAUCAGCCCAGGCCACAGCAACAGUUGCAGCAGCAGCUGCAUCAGCAGCAGCAGCAACAACAUUAUAGCUACAGUUAUCAUCAUCCGCAAUUCGGCAAUAUGGCUGUGCCUGUGCGGCAAUAUGAACAUCAGCAACAACAACAACAACAACAGCAGCAACAACAACAGCAGCAGCAACAUCACCAACAACAUCAACAACAACAACAUCAGCAACAACUUCAGCAACAUUCGGGCGUCUAUGCGGACGACGCCUAUAGCGCCUAUCAUCAUCAUCAUCACCACAGCAGCAGCAUCAACAGCUGCAACAGCACCAACAACAGUCGAUAUGCAACACCACGGCGGCACAACUCCAGCAGCAACAUGCGACACGCAACAGCUAUGGCAUCAGCAGCUGCAACAGCCUCAGUGUCUGCCUCGGCCACGCCCAUACCGCCCACACAAACACAAGCGACGGCACAAAGCAACCAGCUGCAGCAACAGCAUCAUGCGAUGUUGCAACAUGCUGAUUCGCAGAUGCUGCCCAGUCAUCUGAAGUGCGGGAUGUGCGCCUCGCUGGUGCUGGCCUCGGUUUUUGUGGCGGGCGCAAAGUUCUACUUUGAUCACCAGGGCACCGGACUGGAGGUGCUCAUUUUUUGUGCUUUCUCGGCAACUUUCUUUUUGGCUGCCUGCAUGGUGUCCCUGUGCCGCAUACCCAAGGGAUUGCUACCUAAUCGCAGCGAUGGGCGCGCCGUUUGUCACAGCCGGGCCGUGAAUGCUGGCGGCAAUGCCAGCAGCAGCUGCAUGCUGGAGCUAAACGAUGUCAGAUAUUUGGAUGGGCGACAGGUGGAGGUGAGUGCGGAAACGGCGGCCGCAGCUGCCGCUGGACCGCCGCCAUAUCAUAUAGCAAUAUUGUUGCCGGAACAGACGCCGACGGUGCUGGGAAAACAGGUGCCACUGGAUGAGUCGCCGCCGCCGUCCUAUGACAAGAUACUCGUGUAGGUUUGGCUUGGGUUAGCGCUUUGGUUUUAUUUAGGAAUUGAGCAUCAAUUUCAGUUAGGAACCAACUAUAAACCCAAUCCGACAUACAGAAUACUUUUGCUCAAUAUUUUUCUAAUGAUAUCAAAAUUUAUAUAAACAUAUACACAGCAAAAAUGACAUUUGCAAAUAGAUAUACAUAUAUACUAUACACAUACAUAUACAUAUAACUAUAAAUAUAAAGAAAAGUAUAUUUUUAAGCUCCAAUUAAUAUUUUUACACUUUGAACUUUCUAAUCCAAGACACAAGCCCAAAAUCCAGUCUCUCUACUUACUAUGUAUCAUUUUUGUUCUGUGAUAUGCUCAAAAGAAAAUCAUACGAAAUAAACCAAUAGAGGCAAAGCAAAGCGAAAUAAGUAAACCAGUAUAUAGAAGAAAAUAGUUGCCAUUUAGUACUUUAUGAAAAUGUGAAACACAAAACUAAAUACACAUCAAGCAGCCAAACAGUAUUAUUAGUCAGUAGUCACUUAAGUAACAACUACUCAUAUGCAACGUAAAUAAAUAAUAUCAAGGUGGAAUAUAAUACAAAUAAAUAAAGUACGAAUUGAUUGCAAAGCUUUGCCUUAAA